AUGUCGUCGAAUAAUAGUGCAUCACACUACCCUACUGUCCAGCAGCACGAUCACGAAGAAGACCAUCAUCACCCAUUAGAGAAUGUUGGAGACGCAAGACUUUUGAAUCAUGACUUGCUCUCACAGCACCAACAAGGACAACAACAUACAUCAUCAACUAAUGAUGAUUUUUCAGAAGAACAAGUGAGUGAUUCGCACCCAAUCCUCCCGAAUAAUAAUAAUACAACAACUUCCGAAACUCGACAACAACCGAAUCAAGACUCUAUCAACAACAACAAUAAUAGAGGGGUUACAGCAGGAUAUCUUGCAUCAAUUCAGUUGGAUGGAAGAAAUAUACUCGACUUGUUGAAUCGGUUCAGAAAUAAUAAUAAUCAAUUCACUCUAUCCGGAAGAUUGACCACACAACAAACACCAACAACAACGAACAAUCCAACUACAGACACCAAUACUAUUGAUCCCAAUAAUAAUAACAGUAUCACACCUCCACAACAAAAUAAUGCUAAUCAACGAUCGAUUCGAAUUAAUUUGCAUGACCUAUCCUUGUUUACAUUUAGAGUUUUACCAAUGGUUGUUUUACCAUUUAUGGUGCUCAUGUAUUGGCAUUAUAUUGGUGUAUUACUGUUUAUUUGGCUAUCGACAACAAGCAUAAACAGUGAUAUCAGAAUUAAGGAACAAGUGGCACUCAAACAAGCACGAAAGAUAUUUGUUGUCAUCUUUCAGACAAUUCUUUUGUUACUUUCUAUUGGAUUUAUCUUUUUGUUCUUUUACAAGGACAAAAUUUGGCAUCUAUUCUAUUUCACAAUUCCAGAGCUGGACAAGGGAUCAGUGAUUGACACUUUUUGGGAUUGUUUGUUCUAUGUAUUUUUGAUAGAUAGCAUUAUCAAACUUGCUGGAAUGAUUGUUAAGACAAUAAUCGUUUUAAUACUUCCUCCCAUGUUAAAACAGAUACAUAUCGGAAGGAUUUUGGCUGUCUCUGAAGUUCUUUUUCAACUGUACAGAAUUUCAUUACCUCCCAAUAUUUGGAUUAGAUAUUUAUUGAACAAUUACAAUCAAGUAUUUGCAAUCAUAACGAUUGUUAUUUAUGCUGGAUUCAAACUUGGAAGUUUAUUGACUAUUCUUUUUGAACUUUUUAUCUCCUGCAAGAAUUUAUUUUCUCCAACAUGCCCCUAUGGAAAACGUUUAUCGUCAAGUGAAGUUUCAGAGCUGGGUGAGCAUCAUGAAUGUAGUAUUUGCCUUCAAAACUAUGAAAGGCCAGUCAGGCUCCAAUGUCAACAUGUUUUUUGUGAACAGUGCAUCAGUGAGUGGGUUCAAACAGGAAAUCAAACAUGUCCUGUGUGUCGAACUCCCGUUUCACAGGGAGGAAUGCCUAUAUCCUCGAGAUAUGAAAAAGGAGGAACAGCCUUAUUUUGCUUCAUUUGA